GGCUGCUGCCGGGGGGACGGUGACAUGUGGACGUCCGUGGCCCUUUAAGAAACUCCAUGUUUUCGCUACAUGAUGCGUCAACAUAAAAAAAGCGGAUGAUGCUGUUAUGUAAAAACACGCUGAAGUGAGCCGUAGUUUGCAGGGAGCUCGGUGAAAGCUUCGCACGCCACACUUCGUCUUCUACAGCAGGAUUGUGGUUUAAAGUGUGGGGGUUUUUACGCGUAGCGCACGGAGCGGUGCAGUUUGGAGAGGAGGCGGAGAAGAAAAAGGCUUCAGCCCGAUCAACUCAACAUGAGUCGCCCUCCACUCUGUUUUCCUCCUUCACUUGCGGGAAGCGUACACCUGACGCAUCACCCUCUCGCCCUGUGGAAGCGAUAGAUCGUCCCUCUUUUUCAAUCGGGUUUAUUUUGCAGCCUGCGAGGCGACAGGACACCACAGCCCUCAGCUCGGAUCGCUUCUGGGGCUAAACUGAAAGUGUCAGGACGGGAUCGAGCUGCGAGCUGAAGUAAUGUGUCAGCUAUAGACACACAAACAGAUCCUUCCUCUGUGUGGCGGUGAUCUGUGAACCUGAGAGGAAACUUUCGGGGAUCUCUGUGACUUCUUCCUCCACUUGAGUCGUCUUUUAUCGCCCAAACGAGAGUGUAUGGACCCAGGUGAUGAUCCAUGACGAUGCUCGCUGAAGGGUCUGUCUGAGCUGAAGCCCACCAUCGUAGCACCCCAUUGAUGAAGACGACGUGGUGGAUCUGCUCCCAGACGCUGAGACCAUGGUGAAAGCUCAGCGGAGCCAGCCUGUGAAAUGCGGGAAGCCGCGGAAGGAGAAAGGAAGCAAGGAGAAAGGAGGUGGCGUGAAAAAAGGGAAAGAGAGAAAGAACGAGUUGAGAGGAAGGAAAAAGAAGGAUAAGAAAGAGCCACAUCGACACAGAAAGAAGACACUGGCAGUGGGUGAUGGAGACGCGCUGGACUGUUGCGUCCUGCUCACCCGUCUGGAGGAGAAAGGGGUUGUGGGUAAAGCAAAGGAUGCACUAAAAGCUGGGAAACAAAAGGCGGGGAAAGUCAAGAAGAAGCUGCACUCCAGCUCCAGUCACAGAAGGACCAAAUCUGGACUUAAGAAAACUUCCGCAGCCAAUCAGCAAGCAUUGGAACCAAAAAUCAACCAAUCUGACGCCUUACUCAUGUUUCCCGCACAUGUCUUUGAGCCCCGCAGGCGGAGGAUGGCCUCUCUCAAUGCUGAGGCCGUCAACAGCUUGCUGCUCUUCAGAGACGAGUCUGUCGCGUCAAAUCUCGCAAAGAAACGGCAGCCUUCUAACGAAGACAAAGCUAAAGACAGUCUCACUAAAACUGAACAUAAAGGUCAUAAAACCAAAAAGGUUCCUCCGGGAGGGAAAGCGGACCCAAAAGAAAGACCUAAAAAACAGAGGCGGUCAACAGCGGAGGCUCAGAACAUUGACUGGUUGGCUUUGUUUGCGCCUACGCCUCGGCGUCAGGCAGGCCUCACUGCUGCAACGCUGCUCAAACUCACCAGCACCCAGUACGGAAGCAAACGACAAAAGAAGGCGGAGUCCAAGGCGGGAAGUGGGUGUGAAGCAGCAGCUACGACUCAGGAUGAGAUUAGUGGUAAGCAACUGUUGGGAGAAACAACGCUGACCAAAAGAACAACACAUCCCAAACACGAGGACCAACUGAAGCACAUAAAACAGGGUACAGAGGAUCCGGUUCAUUCCCAGCUGGACUCCACCAUCCAGGGUUGCUGUAGCUUGUGUAAAAGCGAGGCUUUGGAUCCGGAGUGGGCGGGCCCUGCAGGGGGACAGGAGUGUCUCAAACGGGAGCUUCACCGCGGCUCUUCGCUCGGAUUCUCCUUGAAAACAAUCAAAGAGGAGCAGGUGGAGGCCGAGGUGUCUUCCUGCUACUGCUGCUCCCAGGAGAGGUGUGUCGAGUACUGUCACAGACUGGCCCUCUUCCUGGAGGACAAGACCUUCAAGGAACCAGAGGACGGCUCACUGUCUGAGGUGUUCCACCAUCAUCAUCACCACCAUCACCAUCACCACCAUCAUCUUCAGCCACCUCACUCCGUAACCCACCCAGCAUCCAUAACCAUCAGCCCGCACACAUACACCUGUUUCCCCGGCUACUACGUCCACUUCAGUCACCCGGACACCUCCCCCUCCCCCAUACCGCCCCUCGCUUUGUGCCCAAAGAGCGGCAAGAGACCCAAGCUGCUCCCCAGCACCGGUCCGCAGCCCUCAGGGAUUACCCAUCCAGUGUACUGCUGCACCUCAGUGGAGGCGUGCUACGGAGAGCCCUGCAGGAUCAACGGCUACUCCUCCUACACCAGUGUGAUUCCAGCCAUCGCCAGAGGAGGGUGCUCCUUCAGCACCACAGACUGCACCAAAUGUAACCACAGCAUCAAAAGAGACGACUACUCAUCCACCCUUAAUGACCAUCACAGUCCCUCCUCCAUCCCCAUCUGUCCCAGCCCCAGAACCCUCACUGGCUGCCCCGUUCCCACUGUGCCUCCAGCCGGCCAAUCAGUGCCCCACGUUCAGACUCCGCUGUCCGACCCCAGCCAACCGCAGCCUCCGCUGCAGGUGGCGAAGGAGUGCCCGCAGAGUGCCAAGUCGCCCAGCGGGUCGAGGUCUGGCGCACGCAGCACCGGCAGCAUCAGCUCGGCUGUCUGCCCUCUCAACAGGGACAAGAAGCAGAAGCUGGGCUCUGCCAGCGUUGGAGGGCGAACGGUUGCCAAGCAGCCGAAGAACGGCCGCCAGAAAUCCACCAACGGCUGGCGGCCAGUUGGCCUGCCCUUUCAGAAGGAGGUUUUCUCUGUGGGAGAGGAGACGCUGGUGCUGAGGAAGUGUUUCGAGGGAGUCCAGAGGGACGGGGAGCUGAUUCGGGUCAGAGACACUGUUCUGCUGAAAUCUGGACCUAGAAAGAAGUCUCUGCCUUACGUGGCCAAGAUCUCAUCUCUGUGGGAAGAGCCGGAGUCAGGAGAGCUGAUGAUGAGUUUGUUUUGGUACUACCGUCCAGAACACACACAGGGGGGACGCAACCCUAGUAUACAUUGUGAGAAUGAGAUCUUUGCGUCUCGUCACCAGGAUGUGAACAGUGUGGCCUGUAUUGAAGACAAAUGCUAUGUCCUAACAUUGGCACAGUAUUGUCGAUUUUGUGCCUUGGUAAAACGCCGUAGGGAGGGUGUGCGCGACUGUGCCGCCUCCCUCAUGGUGCCACCUGUUGUCGGCAACGCCAUGCCCACCCACCACUGUGUGCCCGAUGACGUCGACCCAGAGCUGGUGUUUUUCUGUCGACACGUCUAUGACUUCCGCUACGGACGCCUCCUCAAGAAUCUGCAGUAGCAUCUGACGGGGCAUGACACAUAAUGCUAUAUGGGACGUGAGAUAACGCUGUACAUCCUCCACAACUUUAAUUAGCUCCAUACCUACCUGCUGCCUGCGUGACAGGAACUGGAAGUUUAGGAUGAAGGACUGAGACAUGAGCUUCUUUUGUUUUGAAACCUCUUGUUCAUACUUAACAUGCCACACAUUUAUUUAGUGAGAGUAAUGGCUUGACAUAUUGUAUAAGAGUUAAUAUGGCAGUGUAAUGGUCUUUAUCAUACAUGGCUCUGUGGUGUCGUAGCAGCUGUGUGAAGAACCUGGAACGUACUCUGCUGUAGAAAAUGCUACUGUAGCUCUUAGAAAUGUGACAUUUGAUAAAUAUGAAGACAGGUUGAUGUUAAGUGUGAAUUAUGUUACUGGCUGCCUGACAGAUAUCAGACACUCAGUGUGUCUCAAUGAUACGCCAUACCUAAAGAAAAUUGGAGGCAUACAGUUUUAGAUCGGCCCAUGAGAAGAAACAGAGUGGCUGAAGGUUUAAUCACAUUUGUCAUCAGAUUUCUCUGUUACGCACUGCAGUCUUACAGAGAAGCUCCAGAGUGAACAUCUGUGUUCAAGAUGUGCUUAAGGAAUAGUUUUGAGGAAAUUUGCUGUCUUUCCAAAAGUUAGAUGAGAUGAUCGAUACCGCUCUCAUGUCUGUACUGUAAAUAUGAACCUAAUGCCUGCAGCCAGUUGGCUUCAAGCCACCAGGAACAGUGGAAUUACAACUUCUGGGUUUGUCACGGGACGCAGUUGGGCCCAAAAGAGUUUUUCCCAUAGACUUACAAUGUGAAAGAGACAACUAUAAAUUAGUGAAUACCUUUUUUUGAACGUCAUAACUACUGUGACAUGACCCAUUUCACUAUCAGGAUUUGAUCUAUUCGUUCCGGUAACAUUUCGAAAGUGUAGAAGAGCCGCACGAUUAAAUCAUUUUAUCCCCAUUCAAGUUAGCAUAGCGCUAAACUGGAAGUUAAGGCUGAUUUAUACUUGUGCAUCAGCUCCAUGCAGAGCCUGUGCCGUAGCCUACGCCAUUGGGAGCAUUUAUACUUGUGCAGUGGUCUGUCUGUGUCACUCUGCAGUUACACCUCCAAAACACUAGUUGGUGCUGGGGUUUCUGUGAAGUGCUAUAAAGUUUAAUUGAUUCAAAACACACAUUAAACAUGGCUUAAAUAGCGACAAGCUCAAACACAAGUACACAAAGCAGCUUCACUAUGACUCGCAGCUUUCACAGACAAACACUUUCCCCCCGAAUACAGCAUGCUAACAUGCUAAGCACAAGCCUACGGCAAUUUACACUGUAUAAAUUAGCCUAGCGUCUAGCAGACAUUUCCUCUACUCAUAAAAAAUAGCGACAACAGCAACAUUUAACAAAGGUAACAUUACUAAAUUCGUCUCCAUUACAACUCACAAGGUUCACCAACAAAACAACUGUCUUAUACUGAACACAUCUUCCAAACAAAUAUAAAAUUCUAACAUUAUUAGCACAAUUCUUUAGCAUUUUACAUUAUAUAAAUUAACCUAGCAACUAGCUGAGAUUUCCUCUGCUCAUAUGAAGCCAGGAUAAAUCUCACGCUUUAUUGUCUUAACAAAAAAAGCUUAGUUUCCACUGAAGGAAAUGGUGUCAGCUUACAAAAAUAGACAGGAGGUCUGCGUCGCAGCAAUGUGUGGUUACAUUUUUGGGGACGUCCACGUCAGGCUAUGGCGUAGGCUACAUUGUAGGUAAAGCCUUGAUUCGAUGCAGAAGUAUAAGUCCCGCUUUAGCCGCUUUGCCACUUAUAGUCUCUAGUGCACUUGCUCUGUGGGCCCAAUGAUGUUGGAGAUUCUAGUAAUUUUACACACAAAAGUUGAACUGUUUUGGCUUCGUGCACCACUGAGCAACUUUCAUAGAAAGAAACGGCCCCCAACACUGUAUCCAGUUGUCUUUAAACAUCCAUUGUUAGCAUGAAUACUGGAAACAGGAAAACAGCUAGCCUGACUAUGGACAGAGUGAGGCUAGCUGUUUCCUCCUGUUUCCAGUCUUUGUGCUAUGCAAAGCUAAGCUAACUGGCUGCUGGCUCCAGCUACACAUUUCCCGGACAAACACGAGAGUAAUAUUCUCAUAUAACUCUUGACAAGAAAGCAAAUUAGCUUUACCAAUUGAUUUACUGUUCUAUCAUGUAAAUUAAUAAUCUCGAAGAUUUUCAUUUAUGUCUGAUAAGUCACUAUCUAUAUCUGAACUAGUAACACAGUAGUGAUUGAGCCUAUGACCCACUGACGAAACCCUCACAUUUACAGUAUUAUGAACUGCAUGUUGAGGGUGACAUUACCAAGAAAUAUCACAAGCAGCACACAGUCAUUCAUAAUCUGGUCUCACACACCAAAAUAAAAAUACAUGUGUGCACACAAACAUACUUUGAAAAAAGCCACAUUUUCAAUACACCAUGUACACGUGGACUAGGCCUUUAAAGGUCCAGUGUGUAGAAUUCAGAGGCAUCUCUUUGCAGAAAUGGUUUAUUGUAGUCGUAGCUAUGUUUUCAUUAGUAUAUAAUCACCUGGAAAUAAGAAUCGUUAUGUUUUCAUUUCCUUAGAAUGAGUCGUUUAUAUAUACACAGAGCAGGUCCUCUUCCGAGGAGUCUGCCAUGUAGUUCUGCAGUAGUCCAGAAUGGAUAAACCAAACACUGGCUCUAGAUAGGGCCAUUCACAUUUUUGUGUCAGACAUCAUAGUUCCCUUAAGCCCAGUUCAGACCAAAGACAAGUUGAAACAGGCAACUCCUUGUGCCAAUGUAUCUAGGUGAGAUGGUGUAUCAUCUCUAUGCAACAACUCUGUACUUUUGUUCUGAUUUCCAGCUUUUCAGGCUUAUUUUGUGGCUGAAUAUCAUUUGUAGCUUCUUAAAAUAUGAGUAAGGAUAGUAGUAAGGAAACAAACAAAAAGAGCAUCAGAUGGACUUUAUUCAUAAUAAAUACGCCACAAUAGUAAAAGUAAGCAGCGCCAGUUAAUCAGUCAAAGAGAAUGUGUGGGGGAGACAUAAGCACAUACAGUGAGCAGCAGCAGAGACCCACCGUCCAACACCAGAACACCAUGAAGAGGCCAAACAUGCCAUUUGCAGUCAUUUUGACUUGACCAAUGGACUUGGACUACAAGUCGAUUGGAUGUAGAAACAGGUGACGAGGUGCUACCAUCAUCUUCAACGGCAGCCAGUUCACACUGCUUCAACUUUUCUCUGCAGCGUUCUAAAACUGUUUCAUCUUAUUGCAAAUCUUUGGUCUGAACUGGGUUUAUACGCCUGGCACACAGGAAAAGUUUCAGGUCUGCAGCCUCGCAACUAAAUCCUUCACACUGGACCUUUAAUCUGCCAGCAAACACACUGCAAUCACAGCUAAUCACCAUAGGCGCCGCCAAAUUGGACGAAACAGAGAUCUUUGAGCUUGCAACUUUAACAUUUCCAUUCUGAUGUAAUCAUGAUUGACCUGGUGGUCUACGUAGUAAACUCUGAUCACAGCUGUGAGGAAAGUCCUUUAUCAGAAGGUUUGAUUAAAUCCAAGUCAGCUUUAUCACCACUGAUUAAGUCCAUGCGCAGCAAACAAUGACAUAUGGAGGUGUUUUGGCUCUAUUCUAGGUUUUAUGUCAUAUCUGUAACCCUGGUGAUUCUCACAGUUUAGUACAGACCUGCACUGUACAAGGAAAGCACACUUGAGUUUGUUUGAUUUCGCAGUGUGAAGACGUCCAAUGAGCUGAGCAGUGAGGGGAUUUUUGUUAUGCCAAUGCUGAGGAAUAUUUUACUUUCUCAAAGCUGUUUGCCAGAGGUGUGAUUUGACUCCGCUGUCAGCUAACUGUAUAUUUGCAUUUAUAUAUCUGGAUGAGUGUCUGUUCGUGGCAGAUGGCAUCAGUUAGUCACCUAUAUUCUUGUUUCUUCACCGAUGAGAUGGUGAGUAAUGUAUUCAGUGUAGCAUUUAGAUCUGUGAUGAUGAUCCAUUCCUAUGUUUGAGAGAAGAUAUGUAUUUAUUUCUGUACUGAGAAAAUAUAAUUUAUUUUCAAAAGAUAAUUUUAAAGAAUAGAGUUUUAGAUGAGUGGCUUUCAUUCCUGAUUAGAAAGGAGGUCUCUCCCUCUUAGCUGCACUGUCUAAGAUGAAAAGUGUGAGUCAUUUGCGAUAGUAUUUCUGUGACUGACUGAGCUUGCUUGCCCAUUACAAGCCUGUUAAAUGUCGUGUUGAGAUGUUGAAGUCCUCCAGGCAGAUUCGAGGACACAUUUAGAAGGAUCUCAGAUACAGUUUGAAUGACGCCUGCUAACAUGUGACCAGAGAUGCUUAACCUGCAGGACCAAAAUGUACCUUGGCCUCUCCCAGCUUCUUGUCAUUCUCCUGUCACUUCUCCUCAGAUGAUAAAGCUUUGCCUCUUCACCUUUAAAUGCCGAAUGCUACGAUGAUUUAAACCUACCUUGCCAUUAGCCUGUGCCCUUGAUCUUGCUGCCUUAUAGAACAUUCCCAGCCUUUCAUUUAGAAAUGUGUACCGAUAUCAGCCUGGGGUUAUGAAGCUUCUUAGUGUGCUGAUCUUGAUUCCUAGAGACUUGAGAUGCAUCUCAGGUUCAUCGCUUUCAUGUGAACUGAAAGACAGAACUGAUCCUUGAUCAACACUUUCAUUUUGACAAAAGUCUGCCCAAGAUUUGUUUCAAAUUCAAAGUGAUCUGUUAAAGAAGGAAUAGUUAAACACUUGGGAAGGACGCUUGCUUUAUUUUCUUGUCCAGAGUUAAAUGAAAAGAUUGAGACCACUCUCAUACCUGUAUGCUAAUUAUGAAGCUGGAGUCAGCAGCAGAUUAGCCUAGCUUAGCAUAAAGACUGCAGAAAACAGUUGGGCUGGCUCUGUCAGAAAAGGCAACAAAAUCCACCAACCGGCCCCUCUAAAGCUCACUGAUUAACAUGUCUGUAAACAUCAAAUCUUUGUGUCUUUAUGCUAAGCUAAGCUAACUGUCUGUUGGCCAUCGUUUCAUAUUUAGAGUACAGACAUGAGUGUGGUAUUGAUGUCUCUUCUAAAUACCUUGAAACACACGGAACAGCAUAUUCUCACUCCCAACUUGUUGAAUACCGACACUUGGUCAGUGGCUGUACAGGUCAAACUAUGACACUAUAGGUACCCUCUAGCAUCAGUUUGGGACAUUCAGGGACGCCAUGUCAAUUUACUCUUGUUUCAUGCAUUGUGUAUUUUCAAACUUAACUUCCAUUUGCACAGGAAAUGUCCAGUUCUUGCUUGUGAAGUGCAUACAGUCGCUUUUCAAAAUAAACAUACCUUUAGUUUUAGGUUUACUUCCUAUGGUUAAGGCAACACGUGCUUAAGGCAGCACGUGGUUAGGUUUAGAAAAAAGUAUCAUGGUUUGGCUUGAAAUAAGAAAUUUGAAAUUUGUGACGAACAUAAUGUAUACAUCACAAGUUAUUGAUAUAACUUACCUUCAGUUUCACACAGGAAAUGAACAGUGGUCUCCCAAGUGAAAGUCCAGAUCCUGUUUGACCGAUUCACCUCCUCUCCCGCCUGCCCUACGUGGACACCCUCACUCUUUAUACUAUGGCAGUUUCUCAGAGCCUCGAAAAAUUAUGCCGCCCAGUCUCUCACUGCUGCCUGGUGCAUUGGUAUCUGACGCUGAGGACCACUGACCAAACUAUGAUAUUUGACAAGUUGGGAGUGAGAAAUAAACAAAUAAUCGACAUGAAAAUGCACAACUCAGCUGUUAAAAUUAUGCAUCAAAACUAUGCGAAAUGAAUAUGCAACAGUUGUUUUGACGUGACGUUAGUUCCACACAGCAUGAUUGGUUGAUGUCUUUAUGCCUUUUUCUCAGUACAAAAACUCGACCUGAGAUCAGAAAAACAAAUGACAGCUUUUUUGCCGUGAGAUAAUCACAUUCUGUGUGGAAGUAAUCAUGAAACAAACAGUUUGAAAAAAUAUAUAUACAAACUACUGCACAAGAGAAAAAAGCCUCCGAUGUGUAAAGGCCUUAACUCUCGACAAGACAGUGCUAAGUGUAUUUCCCAAAGUACUGAACUGCUCCUUAAGGUUUGUGGUUGUGUGCUUCUCAAAGAACAGCGGCUGCAGUCAGCUUGAAUUCCAUCCAUUUAAAUGCAUUUCAGUCGCUACAAGUUUUCACGGUGGACAGAAAGUAUCAAAACGUCCACAGAAACUUUUAUAAUCCACUUCUUCAUCAUAAUCCAGCUCUCAGCUGUCCAUCUGUACUCUCAUUAUGUUCCAAACAACAAGACACAGCUUCCUGGCAGAGCUUCAGGGAGAGAGGAAAUGAAUUAUGCUGCCGGAGUGUUUGAGACCUUUUAAAUCUUUGAGACUUGUCACCAUUUGAAUCCUCUGUAUGCAACAUGUUUUAAGGUGACCACAAGCGCUGUUCUGCAUCAACGGCGAUCUAUUUACAGCCACCUUAGAAGCACAGGGGGUAUUAGAUUGCAGAUUUUGUGGGUGGAGUAUCACUUGAAAAUGCCCACAUCCUGCCUACUUCUGCUUUACUCCCUGUACAGAGGGUUGAGUAGAUGACUCUUGUGCAUUGAAUCACAAAAAUAGAAUUCAGUAUAAUUAAUUAAUGGAUUAAUAUUUGACUUUCAAACAAGCCUCGUCUGAUUAACAUGUUCAUAAUAUUAAUUCACUUCAUUAAGCUGAAAUAGAAAGAGUACACCAUGCCGUAUCAUCGAACCAAAAGUCUGUAACUGAAGCAAACCUUCUUGACUGACUGAAGCAUUUUACUGAAUAUUGAUGGAUGGUGGAUGUACAGUAGUAAAGCCCACACAGCACAAUCCAACAAAGCAAAAUUGGGUAAUCUACAUUGGGUUUGAUUUGGUUCAGCAAUUUAAAAUCCCCCUGGGUGUUCUGGAUCAGAGUUUAAAACCACACACAGGCCAUAUUAUGGCCUUAGGAAUCACUCAGCAAACUAAUUAUGUUUAAUCAAGAUGUGUGAUACUUAUGUCUUAAUUGGUCCUCUGUGCCUGUUCCCAUUAACCCGUCGUAUAUACUCCCAACGUUUUCCACCAAGAGAAGGACAAGCUGUUGUUUUUACCCACCUUCCAAAUGCCUUUCAUUUUUGCCAGAUGACGCUGGUCUGAUCUUGAAUCACCACAAAGAAAUGUUUGCACCAAAAAGAAAAGGAGAGAGGAGGGGAAGGUAUCGAAACAUGAAUUUAAUUUCAUUCCCAGAUGUACAAAAAAAAAACAAAAACCUUAACUUUGGUUCUUCUGAUGUGAAUUUAUGUUCAUAUUCUUUGCAUGGCAUUUUUGGAAAUAUCUUGGAAAUAUUAAU